AGUUCGUUGACUCCCAUGUGAGUGCAGAUCGAAGCAUUGUAUACUAAUAUGUAAUCAAAACUAUUACUGUCUCUCAAUGUCCUACGAGUACAAUUGUAAGUCUCGUUACAGGAAGGAACAAAGUUGAAGCUAUCUGUAUUUCCAAUUCUCAGAAAAAGAGUUGCGGGGAUUCGCGAAUAGAAACAUUUUCUCUGAAAAGCAUUCUCGACCCUCAGGGAUGUUGAAUAAGUUGGCUAGCGAACUUAGUUACUUUCGAAUCCUCACUCUCUCACGCAACGUUUGAAUUUUUAAUGCGCGCAAGCGCGGUCGGACAAGCAAAUUUAUUUCAUCGAUAGCUUUUUCUUGCAACGCUCAGUCGUUGUCUAGACACCCGUCAAGAUUUAAUGCUGUUUGUGAUCAUUCACAACGGCUCGUAACAGCAAGUGAGUUUUCAGCGCGUAAAGCUGCAAGAUAAUCUGAAAUACAAAGAAACAUGCCGUUCAACGAACAUUAUCAGGAUGAUAUAAUAUACAUCACUCAAUUGACGCGUAACGUUCUGAGUCUACUCGGGGUCUGGCCAUCCAUGAACAGACAAAGAUCCACCAGCGAGAAGAUUUGCAAAUUUCUGUUGAUCACGAUCUCCUACAUUCUCCUCUACUGUGUCCUCAUACCUGGCCUCCUCUUCUGGCUAAUCGAGCAAAGGACGCGUGUCAGAAUUCAAACGAUACCUCUGAUCUUUUACGGCUUUAUGGCCACCAGUAAAUACGGUAACUUGAUAUAUCGCGAGAGAGAGAUCAAACGUUGCCUGAAACAUAUCGAGGAGGAUUGGAAAAAUAUAAUGAGCGUGAAUGCACGAGACACGAUGAUCGAAGCCGCGAAAACUGGGAGGCGCCUGGUCGCACUCUGCGGAGCCUUCAUGUAUGGCAGCGGGCUUUCAUUUCGAUCGAUCUUGCCGUUGUCCAAAGGGAAGAUCGUCACGCCACUAAACCUCACGAUCAAACCUUUACCUUGUCCGGCUUAUUUCGUUUUCUUCGAUGUGCAAGUCAGCCCUGCUUACGAGACAGUCUUUCUGAUCCAGUUUUUGUCUGGGAUAGUUACGUAUUCGAUAACGGUGGGUAUGUGCGGUCUCGCGGCCGUCUUCGUGAUGCACGCUUGCGGUCAGCUGAAGAUUCUAGUGGACUUGAUGAGGAAUCUCGUGGAAGAGAAGUGGAAUGAGAAAAAUGACGUAGAUAGAAAGUUAGCUAAGAUGGUCGAGCAUCAAAUAAGAGUGCGAAAUUUUUUACAAUUGGUAGAACAUACUCUACAACAAGCAUGUUUGAUCGAAUUAUUGGGAUGCACAAUGAUCGUUUGCCUAUUAGGAUAUUGCAUAAUAAUGGAAUGGGAGAAUAGUAACGGGAUAGCUAUGUGCUCCUACUUUAUCACAAUUACAUCUCUAAUGAUAAACAUGUUCUUAUUUUGUUACACCGGUGAACAACUUACUGUACAGGCGGAGAAAGUAGCCAGUACAUCGUGCGAUCUCGAGUGGUAUCGUCUUCCGGAUAAAAAAGCGCGCGGAAUCGUGCUAGUGAUGAUCAUAUCCAACUUACCCACGAAGAUCACCGCCGGAAAGGUUAUGGACCUGUCGUUCAAGACGUUUGGUGAUGUUGUUAAAACAUCUCUGACAUACUUUAAUAUGCUACGAAACGUCACCGAUUGAACAUUCUUAUUCCGAUUGACGAAACUACAAUAAUGAACAUUGCAUAUAUAUUCGCAACAUAAGCGUGUCAAAUGCAUGUCAAAAAGAGUAUUGGGUGAUGUAUAUAUAUAUAUCAAU